AUGCUCAUCCACAGAUAUCGCUUCCCGCUCCACCCCAGACCUUUUAAGGUGAAUGUCUUUGAAGUUCUUCAACCAAAAUGUGCAACAUCCUGCAUCACGGCCCCUGACUAUUUAUUUUGCUGUUUUUUAUCACCCAAAGGUGCCUCUGGUCAUUGCUGUCACCUUCACAGUGGUUUGUUUCUUCAUCGUUGGUUUGUCUCUGUACUCGGACCCCUGGAACACGGGGCGGAGCUGUGUUCUGACACUGACAGGGGUUCCAGUUUACUAUGUGACUAUUAAGAGAUAUCGCCUGCCCCGAAGAUUGAGACGAAUUUUUGGUAAGAUUAAAAUAUACAUUUAUUUCUCAGAAAGAAUAGACAGCAACACAAAGUAGUCAUCUGUGAAAUAAUCAUUAUAUUUGUGCAAACCCUCUUCUUGUCCCAACAUAUCUGUGUAUUUUCAAAGUAAAUCUUUUAUAGGAAGUGGCUCAAAGGUAAUGUUAUCUCUCUCCUGACUCUCGCUGUGUGAAAUGAUCAGUGUGUCAGGUUGUCAUCCUGAGGAAUCUAUUGAGCUCCCUUGGUAACCAUCUGUAUGUUUUUCCCCAUCAAAUCUAAAUGGUCCCACUCAGGCUGUGCCUAGCCUUGAUCUGACCAGUUAGCAUAAUUUUCCUAUGAAUCCAAAAACAAGUAUGCAGAGUAUUUGAUCAUUUUUGCCCUCUUGAAUUUUCUCAGAUUACUGCAGCAAGCAGCUACAGAUCCUGCUCGAAGUGGCUCAACAGGAGGUGAAGACAUACUGA